GGCCCCGCCCCGCAGGCCCCGCCCCCCGCCCCGCGCCGGAACCCGCGCUCGCGGCCCGAGGUCGCCUGGAAGAAGCCCGGUGCCAUUGCCGGUCUCCGUCCUCCAUGGCCGCCACGCUGCUCGCCCGGGCCUGCGGCCCCGUCCGCGGAGCUCUCCGGCCUCGGGACUGGCGUUGCUUACAUACCAUCUACCAGUCUGUGGAACUGCCCGAGACACACCAGAUGCUUCGUCAGACGUGCCGGGACUUUGCUGAGAAGGAGCUCUUUCCCAUCGCGGCCCAGGUGGACAAGGAACAUCGCUUCCCGGCGGCUCAGGUGAAGAAGAUGGGUGAGCUGGGGCUCAUGGCCAUGGAUGUGCCCGAGGAGUUUGGCGGUGCCGGCCUCGAUUACCUGGCCUACGCCAUUGCCAUGGAGGAGAUCAGCCGGGGCUGCGCCUCCACUGGAGUCAUCAUGAGCGUCAACAACUCCCUCUACUUGGGGCCUAUCCUGAAGUUUGGCUCCAAGGAGCAGAAGAAGCAGUGGGUCACUCCUUUCACCAGUGGUGACAAAAUAGGCUGCUUUGCCCUCAGUGAACCAGGGAACGGCAGCGACGCGGGGGCCGCCGCCACCACUGCCUGGGCAGACGGUGACUCGUGGGUCCUGAGUGGCACCAAAGCCUGGAUCACCAACUCCUGGGAGGCCUCGGCCGCCGUGGUCUUCGCCAGCACGGACAGGUCCUUGCAGAACAAGGGCAUCAGUGCCUUCCUGGUUCCCAUGCCAACGCCUGGGCUCACGCUAGGGAAGAAGGAAGACAAGUUGGGCAUCCGGGCCUCAUCUACUGCCAACCUCAUCUUCGAGGACUGUCGCAUCCCCAAGGACAACCUGCUGGGGGAACCGGGGAUGGGCUUCAAGAUUGCCAUGCAAACCCUGGACAUGGGCCGCAUCGGCAUCGCCUCCCAGGCCCUGGGCAUCGCCCAGGCUGCCCUCGACUGUGCUGUGAACUACGCCGAGAACCGCACGGCCUUCGGGGCGCCCCUCACCAAGCUGCAGGUCAUCCAGUUCAAGUUGGCGGACAUGGCCCUGGCCCUGGAGAGUGCCCGGCUGCUGACCUGGCGCGCUGCGGUGCUGAAGGAUAACAAGAGGCCUUUCAUCAAGGAGGCCGCAAUGGCCAAGCUGGCUGCAUCGGAGGCCGCAACUGCCAUCACCCACCAGUGGGGGUCUUCUCCUCCUGAGCCCCUCCUUUCCGCCUUAGGCCAUGCAGAUCCUGGGUGGCAUGGGCUACGUGACAGAGAUGCCAGCCGAGCGGCACUACCGUGAUGCUCGCAUCACUGAGAUUUAUGAAGGCACCAGUGAGAUCCAGAGGCUGGUGAUCGCCGGGCACCUGCUCAGGAGCUACCGGAGCUGAACCCUCGGUAGGGCCGACAGUGCCCGCCGGGAUCCGGGCUGGCCUGAGGACCAGGGGAAAGUGGGCAGGAGCCACGUGGCCUUCCCCCUGACUCCCUGUCAAGGCCUGUGGGGCAGAACGGCGGGGGCCACGCCUCCUCUCGCCAGGGUCCCCAGACCCAGUCUUCUGGGUGGACCUGCCGCCCUCAGCUCUAUCCGCCCCAGACUGAGCUGCCUGGGAGAAAGGAAGAGCUGGGCUGUGGUCUGAGGAUGCCCGUCCUCAGCUCAGGUUCUUGGCUUUGUUCCCUCUCCACCACCGACUGUGCCUUAUUCUCUUCAUCUGGAGGCUGGGCCGUGGGAAGGGAGAAAUUACCACUUGGGGACUCCCCAGUUCUCUUCUGUGGGCCCUGGCGCUUAGCGUGAGACCCAGCGUCUCCUCUUUCCUCUGAGGUCAGGAGUCUGGAGGAGUGGGGUGCGGUGGGGGCCCGGAAUGACCAGGCCUCGAAGCAGAAGUGUUCUCUCAGGCCCUGUAGCCUCGGGGCUGGGUCAUUGUGGAAGCUGCCCUGCAUCCCAUUAACCUGUUCUUUGUAAAGUGUAAAUGAGUGCAGGUGGGUGGUCUGAUUCGUGCUGUGGGAUGAUCACCUGUGGGAACUAAGUAAUAAAGCAUACCUGUCCCCUGA